AUGGCUAAGGUAGCUGAGGUCAUACCACAGGGUGUCCAAUAUGAAUUCAUAGCAGAAGAUCUGUCAAACAAGAGUCAUCUUCUUCUCAAGUACAACCCUGUGCAUAAGAUGAUUCCUGUGCUUUUGCACAAUGGAAAGUCAAUCUGUGAGUCUCUUGUUAUAAUUGAAUACAUAGAUGAGACUUGGAAGGGCGCUCCUAUCUUGCCCAAAGAUCCUUAUGAAAGAGCCAAGGCACGUUUCUGGGCUAAGUUCAUGGAUGACAAGUGCUUGCUACCACUGUGUAACUCUUACUGGACCCAAGGUGAGGAACAAGAGAAAGCCAAGGAAGAAGCAAGUGAGGUGCUGAAAAUUCUUGACAGUGAACUCAAGGAUAAGAAAUUCUUCGGAGGUGACACCAUUGGACUGGCUGAUAUUGCUGCUAAUUUCAUAGGCCAUUGGUUUUCAAUUACCCAAGAAGUAAUUGGAGUUGAGGUUUUGACAAAAGAGAAAUACCCAAAAUUAUGCGAAUGGAUCGAUGAGUUUGUCAACUGUAACAUCAUCAUGGAAAAUUUGCAUCCUAAAGAUGAACUUGUCGCCUCUUUCCAAGCUCGCCUCCAAGCUGCGACUGCUCCUAAAUAA